AUGACCGCCGAACCAAACUCGAUUGUCAUUCUGCAUGCUUGCGCUCACAACCCAACAGGAUGCGAUCCAACAAAGGAACAGUGGCAGGAGAUAGGUAAUAUUAUGAAGCGACGACAACUCUUCCCAUUCUUCGACGCUGCGUAUCUUGGCUUUAACUCUGGCGACCUGGAUAACGACACGUAUGCAAUCCGUUACUUUGUCAAUGAGCUUGACAUGGAAGCUGCUGUAUCAGUCUCAUUUGCGAAGAAUAUGGGACUUUAUGGAGAACGAGUUGGUUGCACGUUUUUCGUGACUCACGGCUCGGAUGUUGCAGGCAACACAGAGUCUGUACUUGAGCAGCUACAGCGCUCGGAAGUUUCAAAUCCUCCUGCUUAUGGUGCCAAGAUUGCGAGCACGAUUCUGGACGAUGAGGGACUGACAAGUAUGUGGAAGAAAGACCUGGCCACUAUGUGUAGUCGAAUAGAAGGGAUGAGGCAAGCCCUGUACGAUGCGCUCCUCGCCAACAGUCAGUUGAUCCCACGGCAAGCAGCACACAACUAA